CGGGGUCAGGACCGGCUCCCCGCCCCGCCCUGCGGUCUGGCGCCCGGCCAUGGUUGCGGCGGCGGCGAGGACCCUCCUGUGGCCGCUGCUGCUUCUGCCCCUGAGCCUGGCGGCCGCGCCCACCCCGCAGUCCGCGGGCCCCGGCCUCCCCCAGCCUCCACGCGAGGCCCGAGGGAGCCCGGGGGCGCAGGCAGCCGGCAGGCCGCUGGCCUCUGCAGUCGGAGCCCAAGGUAGCCCCAGAGAUGACAUCGGCAGAGCCCUUCAGUUCUCUGAUCUGCAAAGUAGGCACAGAGUGUGCGGGAAGCCCAAGGUGAUGGGGAAGAUCUAUGGUGGCCAGGACGCUGAUGCUGGCCUGUGGCCAUGGCAGGCCAGUGUGCUCUACAAGGGCUCACACUUCUGUGGAGCCGUCCUCAUUGACUCCCACUGGCUGGUGUCAGCUGCCCACUGCUUUAUCAAAAAAUCCCAGGCCCUGGAGGACUAUCAGGUUCUGCUGGGAUACACUCAACUGUAUCGGCAAACCCAGCACACCCAGAAGAUGUCUGUGAGCCGGAUUAUCACCCACCCAGACUUUGAGAAGUUGCACCCCUUUGGGAGUGACAUUGCCAUGUUACAGCUGUACCUGCCUGUCAACUUCACUGUCUACAUUGUCCCAGUCUGCCUCCCAUCCCCAGACAUGCAGCUGCCCAGUGACGUGUCCUGCUGGAUAACUGGCUGGGGAAUGCUCACCGAGGAUGUGCGUCUAUCACCACCCUUCAAUCUCCAGGAGGGUAAAGUGGUCCUCAUUGAGAACAUGUUCUGUAAUUUCUUAUAUGGUCAAAUUGAUGGCAAAGGCAAUAAUUAUUCUGUGCAUGAAGAUAUGGUGUGUGCGGGAGACUUCUCGACAGGAAAGUCCAUCUGCCAAGGUGAUUCCGGGGGGCCCCUGGUCUGCUACGUCCCCAAUGCCUGGGUCCUGGUGGGGCUGGCCAGCUGGGGCCUGGACUGCCGGCAUCCUGCCUACCCCAGCAUCUUUACCAGGGUCACAUACUUCGCCAACUGGAUCAACGAAAUCAAGAGACUCACUCCUCUUCCUGUUACUGUGCCUGCUCCUUCUCUCACCGGCUCUCAGUCCCAGCACCUGAGGGCUGCUGGCCCUCCCGGGCCCAGCACAGCCCUUGUGCCUCCACAGACCUGGCUCCUGCUGCCAUUUACCCUCAGGGCCUGAGGGUGACCUCGGAGGCCCUCACACCUCUCUGCCCAGGCCCUAGUUUUCAUGCUGAACCACCUCCCUCCAGUCUACCGUCUCUGCAUGGUUCCUUCCCGGCUUUUCUGUCCAUCAGCUGCCACUCCCUAAACCAAGCCUGGCAAAACCAAACCAAACCAAAUAAAAGACCCCCCUGCCCACCUCUACCCCUCA